GCGCAGGCGCGCGGAGCCCCGGCCGCGGGGGCGGGGCGUCAGAGGCACGCGCCGGAGGCGGCCCCUCGUGCGCAGGCGCGGGCGCGCGGCGGGAGAGACGCCCGCGUGAGGAGGCGUCGUGGGCGUCGUGGGCGAUGGAGGCGAGGGCCGUGUGUGAGAUUUUGAAAUACGUGAUUAUUCACUGGAAAAAGGAAGCGGCAGAACUAAGCCGAAAAGCGCUGUUGGAAGGGGAGCUGCUCGUUUCUAUAGAAGAAUCAACGCCAAAACAUCGAGCAGACCCUUCUCAUUAUGUGACAACCAUUGCCUUUGCAGGGAGUGCGUGUGGUGACUUAGUGCCCAAGCAGUUCCUAAAAGGAAUUCAGUCACUGUUGUCAGGAUUCUCUGGGAAGCUGACUUGGCCUUCAGAGGAAGCUCACUGUGCCCAGGACCUGGCAGGAUUGGCAUCCUUUCAGAUAAAAAUUGAGGUUGAUGAAAAGCCCCCAACUUUGAUGGCAGAUUGUCUGGUUAUCAAGCAGUUUUUGCACAGAACCAGCAUAGUUCACCCAAAGGUCAGAUUCCACUUUGGCGGGGAGGUGAAUGGAAUCCUCUUCAAGGAAACCUUUGGGGUAGAGAAGGAGCCCGUGGUGAAGCUGCUAAAUGGGAUUGGCCUGCUCACCAGUCAGCACCACUAUAUGAGGCCAGGAUUUCUGGGGGCCCAGCAAGUCUGCAGCAGAAUCCACCCUGUGCUGGGGCAUCCUGUUUUGCUCUCCAUUCCUGACGAGGAAGCCAACAUGGGCUUAUUGGGGCAGCUGACCCUCACUCCAGCAGCUGCUUUGUGUCCCUGCCACAAGCUUCAUCCCGACCAGACCAGCCGGAUCUCUGCAGCCUUCGUAUUUCUGUAUGGACCUUCAGGUCUGCCUCUGAUAUUUCCAAAUCAGGAGCAUCCAUUAACUGUCUUCAAGGAUAAUUCCUACCUUUUUGACUGGAAGAAAUACCACUUACGUGCAGCACCCAACUCGAAUAUCAGUUUGGAAGACGAUCUGGUUCUUCCCGAUGUGAGUUAUUGGAUUGAGUCCCAUGAGAGGAGCUGGCCCCAGGACUCGGAUCAACAAAUUCUGCUGCUCUUUCUCAUGGUGGAUUUCCAGGGUGGAUUCCCAGCUCAGCUGACGGAGGCCUGGGGGUUACAGUCUUUGCUUCUAACUCAUCUGAAUAGCAUCCUGCUGGAGAACCAGAGCCUGGUACAGGGCGCCGUACAGACAGCUGUGGACCAGGCCUUGGAGCAGCACCACCGGCGAGUCAAGGCCCAACAGAAAUUGCAGGCGUCCAUCCCGGUGGCCGUGAGCUCCAUCCUCAGUGUCGUGGCUGGCAGCACCCGCAGCAGCUUUCGGGCUCUUUGCCUCCAGACCCUUCAGGCAGUCGAUACCCAGGAGUUCAGGAGGAGACUGCAUGAAGCCUUCCAGAUGACUCUGCAUCAACGCUCUAUGUGUGACCCAAAGAAACAGCAGCUUCCUGAGCCGAGCAGCAGUGCGGAGGAGAGGGAGGAGGGGGACGAAAGCCUAGACGAAGCACUCGCAGGGAGCUGCUGUCCAGGAGAGGCUCCGAGGCCCAAGAGGUCCUGCCAAGGAGAAGGUGUGGGGAGGAAGGCCCAGGCUGCCAGCUGGCUGCCCCUGCUAAGCCUCGGGGAGGCCCCCCAGCGCUCCAUCGGAACGGGACCCACCUGCUCCCAGGCCAGGGGCUGGGGCGGCCCGGAGACCCGCGGGGAGGACACGCUGUGGCUGCAGGAGGUGUCCAACCUGUCCGAGUGGCUGAGAGCCGGCCCGGGGUCCAGACCCGUACCCUAGGGGGGCAGCCCCCGGCCCCGCUUUUCCAAUAAAGGCGCCCGCCAGCCCAGCCGUCCCCGUCAGUCGCUGCGCCGGUCCGUGGUCGGGGAGCGCGGGCGUGGGAUGCGCAGGCGGGGCCAGAGGAAGAUGGGGGCGGGCGGAGAGCCGGGGGGCGAGGGGGGCAGGCCCGGAGACGGGGGGGACCGGAGGUCAGGCAGGGGGAGCAGGCGGUGGACGCUGAACUGAGGGUUGGAGGGCGGCGGGGGCGGGGACGGAGCCGCGGAGCGGAUGGGCCGGAGCCGGAGGGACGAGGGGCUAGGGGGCGGGAAGGGGGGCGGGGCCAGGUAGUACUCCAGGUCAAAAUCCGAGUCCACAUCAGAGUCCGAAUCCGAGUCCGACGGGGGCCGGGGGCGGCGCGGGGCUGCGGCGCGCGAGGGCGGGGCCU